GCGGAGCUAGCCGAGCCGGGAAGAGUCGAGUCGGGCGGAGCCGGGCCGGUAGCUGCAGUGGAGCGGCUUGGCCUCCAUCCCGGUCCCCCUCACCCCGGUCCCCGGCGGCGAGGCGGGGAGGGGGUCCCGGCCAUGCCCCCCGGAGCCUGAGGCCCGCGGCCGCGGGGUGCCCGCAGCAUGCGGAGGAUCCGGCGGCUGGUGCAUCUGGUGCUGUUCUGCCCCCUCUCCAAGGGCCUGCAGCCAUGGAAUGAGAAAUCUUCAUUCUGGUGAAGGUCCCGGACCAGAGAGGUUAUCCCGCUGGAGGGGACACGGAAGGGGAUACCUGGCAGGCAGAGGAUGCUGGCAGGAGAGCCGCCUCCCGGGCAUCAAGGUGAAAUACCUGCUGGUGGUGUGGCUGGGCAUCUUCGUGGGCAGCUGGGUGGCAUACAUGCACUACUCGUCCUACUCCGAGCUCUGCCGUGGCCACGUCUGCCGGAUGAUAAUCUGUGACCAGUACAAGAAAGGAAUCAUCUCUGGCUCCACGUGCAAAGACCUGUGUGAGGAGCGCAGCCUCAUCUUCCAGCACUGCCUCUCCUCCUCUCCCACCCAGCAGGUUUACAGUGGGCUCUGGAGGGGGAGGGAGGUGAUCAUCAAGUGCAGCAUCGAAGAAGCCCUGAAGGCAGACAGCCACCCAGACUCUGUGCCCAGGAGGGACGUGGUCCUCUUUGACAAACCCACACGAGGGACAUCGAUGGAUGAGUUCAAGGAAAUGCUCCUCAACUUCCUGAAGUCCAACCUGGGAGAUCAGCCAUCUCUUGCAGCCCUGGUGAGCCGCAUCAUCGCCAUGGCAGAUGUGAACCGGGAUGGGAAAGUGUCUUUAGCAGAGGCCAAAUCCAUCUGGGCACUGCUUCAGCUCAACGAGUUCCUCCUCAUGCUCUCCUUGCACGAGAAGGAGCACACUUCCAAGCUGCUGGGGCACUGCGGGGACCUCUACGUCACCGAGAAGAUCCCCCACACCUCCCUCUACGGGGUCGAUGUCCCCCCCUUCCUCCAGUCCAUGCUGCCUUCGGUUGCCCACCAGAUCAUCCAGCAGUGGUUCGCGCCAGCGUGGCCCCGGCGGGCGAAGAUCGCCAUCGGCCUGCUGGAGUUCGUGGAGGAGAUCUUCCACGGCACCUACGGCAGCUUCUACAUCUGCGAGACCAGCUUCAGGAACGUGGGCUACAACGACAAGUACGACUUCAAGAUGCUCAACCUGAGGAAGGUGGCGACGGAGCUGACAGUCAGAGGGUUCCUCAAGGGCCGCCGCUGUGAGCAGAACGCGGACUGCACCUACGGGAAGGACUGCACGGCCUCGUGCGACAAGCUCCUGAAGCAGUGCAAGGGCGACGUGGUGCAGCCCAACCUGGCCAAGGUCUGCGGGCUGCUGCAGGACUACCUGCUGCAUGGGGCACCCCUGGAGCUGAAAGAAGACCUGCAGAAGCAGCUCCGAACUUGCAUGACCCUCAGCGGCUUGGCCAGCCAGAUGGAGGUGCACCACUCCCUCGUGCUCAACAACCUCAAGACCUUGCUCUGGAAAAAGAUUUCAAACACCAAAUAUUCUUAACGAGGUGGAGGAGAGGGAGGGGAAAGCAGGGCGCUGGGGUUUGGGAUCUGCAGUUUUGGCAUGAAGUCCAAGGGCUGAAGGCCUGUGUCUCCAUCCUCUCCCCCACACAGGGAGGUCAGCAUCGCUGCAGCCCCUUCUCCUCCACGGCAAACCUGAGCAUCACCACUUCCACCGCGCCGCAGGGUCAGCGGCACGGCUGGCGAGAGCUGGGGGGGAAGAAGAUGAGAUGGGAGCCCAGCUGGACAGGUGGAACUGUUUGCUGAUGAGCAGGAAGGCAGCGAGGAGGAUGAAUCAUUCGUGCUGUACUUGUCACAUCUUCUUUUGAUGAAGGUCUCUGAUGUAAAUAAACAGCUUCCGCGUGAGGCGCACCAGGACGCCGCCAGGCAGACUGCA